AUAAGCAAAAAUCAACCACUAAUUAUUCUAUGUCUAAUAAUGAUAACAAUGAAAAUUACACAAAUACAAAUCAGGAUUCUGAUAAUUCUUAUGUUCCUAUUCAAUGCAAUAAUAUAGUAAGUAAAUACAAAAGACAAGCAUUAACACCUUUAGAUAAAAACAUAGUAUUGAGUAAGACAAUAUUCAAAGAAUCUAAUAAUGCUUAUAUCGAGGUUAAUCAAGAUAAUAAGCUUUUAACUGAUAAUCAAGUACACGAAGAAGGUGUA